AGAGGGAGCAACAUAACCUCUCGAACUCGACUCGAGUCGGCCUACCCGCCUAAGGCACAAAGUCACUAUGUGCUUCCAAACUCCAAAGUCUUUCCCUCAUAGAUGACUUGUAAAACCUCCACAUAGUCCACCUUCUUCACCCUCACUCAGAUCUCAAAAUCCCCAAAACAAUGUCUCCUCUAACCUCCACCUUUCUCCUCUCUCUCCUCCUCACCCUCUCCCUCACAACCUCCUCCGACCUCCUCUCCGACCUCCAACACCUCCAAUCCACCUCCCCCAACGGCGUCAUCCGUCUCAAUGACCAGCUCCUAAACCGCAUCAUCUCCCUCCCUCGUCCCCGCCCUUUCUCCUUCCUCAUCUUCUUCGACGCCGCACAACUCCACGACAAAUCCGAACUCCAACUCCCCACUCUCAAAUCCGAAUUCUCAAUCCUCUCUUCCUCUUUUCUCAUCAACAACCCCACUUCCCCCAAUCAUCUCUUCUUCUUCGACAUCGAAUUCAAAGACUCUCAACGCUCUUUCGCUCUCUUCUCCGUCAACUCUCUCCCCCACAUCCGUCUCGUCUCCCCCAAUGUCCAGGUUCUUAAAGAUUCCGACCAUAUGGACCCUGGUGAUUUCUCUCGACUCGCUGAGUCAAUGUCUGAGUUCGUCGAGUUAAGGACUAAACUCAAGGUGGGUCCACUUCAUCGACCACCUAUGUUCUCUGGUAAGCAGAUCGCCUUCUUUUGCCUUGUUUUCAUCAUGUGGGUCCCAUUUGCGGUGAAGAAGGUUGUUGCUGGUCAGACAUUGUUGCAUGAUUAUAAGUUAUGGUUGUUUGGUGCGGUUUUUGUUUACUUUUUUAGUGUUUCUGGGACUAUGCAUAAUAUAAUUAGGAAGAUGCCUAUGUUUAUAACUGAUAGAAAUGAUCCAAAUAAGUUGGUGUUUUUUUACCAAGGGUCUGGGAUGCAAUUGGGUGCUGAGGGUUUUGCUGUUGGUGGUUUGUAUACUCUUGUUGGUUUGCUUCUUGGUUUUGUUACUCAUGGACUUGUUAAGGUUAGGAGUGUUAAGUUUCAGCGGAUCGCUAUGGCAUUGGCUUUGAUCGUUUCGUUCUGGGCUGUUAAGAAGGUUGUCUUUCUUGAUAAUUGGAAGACCGGCUAUGGCGUUCAUGCCUACUGGCCGUCCAGUUGGUGAUUUCUCAAGUAUUAAGUUGGAAUUUUGUUGGUUGUAACUUGUAAGAACGUUUGAUUAGAAUGUGUAACCAUUGACAUUUUUGUUGUUGCCUCGGACAUAUACAUAGAAUGGAAAGUUUGAGCGUA